AUGGGGGCAUGCUGUAGUUCGGCGGCCGGAGUGUCCGGUGCAGAGGAUGUGCAUGAGAAGUUGUAUCCAAUGUGGUUGGUAAAGGUCUCAGAUUUGUUGAACAUGGAGAAGCUCUUGAGCUUCAAUGAUCUGAAAGCCUUGUGGAAGUUGCGAGAGCAUCGGGUGGGCAUGUUUUGCAUUUUCAUCUCGCAUCAAUGGCUGGGCAAUGUCCAUCCAGAUCCCACUGGGUCUCAGUUCAAGAUUCUGAAGGCGGCUUUGAAGAAGGUUGUGGAUGGAAGCAUGUCGGUGGAGGGUGACGUUUCCGCCCAACUUCGCUUUCGAACGAUGCGCUUAUCUCGUGCGGAGAGGGAUCGCAUUCGCAAUGGGUAUGUUUGGUUUGAUUGGUUCUCAGUGCCGCAGAUAGCUUCGCGGGAACCCGAUGCAGGCGAACAUGAGUUUGCAGAUGACACAUGCCUUUGUGUGAAAUCCAUCCCCAGUUAUGUGGAGAAGUGCCAGGUGUUUGUGGUUUUGGUCCCCCGGCUGCUUCACGCCGAUCGAGGGACUGUGUGCAACUACAGCACUUGGCUGGAUCGAGGCUGGUGCCGUGCAGAGAUGUGGUGUAAGGUCUUGUCUGAAGCAUCAGACAUCCCCAUGAUUGUCAUAGAGUCUGAAGACAAGGCCGAGUUCUUGUUUCCUUUCAACUGGAACAGGAAGGUGGCGCACGAGGCAGACUUCACAGUGGAGGCGGACCGCAGAGCGGUCUCCGAGAUGUCGCGCAAGGCGCUGCUGGGGAAGCUGAUGUCGCGUGCAGCUGGAGCUCAGCUGGCACAGUAUCGCUACUUUGCGGCCUGCCAGGAGGGCUUCACUGGGCAGCCACCGGCCAGGAGGUCGGUUCAGGAGUUUCUUUCCUUCUUCCGCUUUCCAUCAUUGAAAGAUGCUAUAGCACCUGCAGGUUAUACCGGCCUGGCAUGCGCCACGUUGUCCGGAGAUCUCCCCAUGAUGCGGCAUUUGAUCCGAGCAAAAGCUUCACCGGAUGCCCCGCUGCCCCCGUUGGUGAAGGUGGGGCAAUAUGGUGCCUGGCGAUGUCUCCAUUUAGCUGCGCAUCAGGGCUCGCGAGGCGAAGAUGCCUUGCUGACGCUGCUGGAGCUGCGUGCUUCUCCAAAUCUGGCAGAGACCUCGGGGUCUUCAGCGUUGGGCUUCUGCAGUACCAUUAAGGCCGUGGAUACGUUGGUGAAGUGGAAGGCCGAGGUGAAUUACACAACAGCUCCAGCGCAGAUGACACCUCUGGGCACUGCAGUGGCCGUGUUGGCGCCCGUCGAGGUGGUGAAUCGUUUGUUGGAGGUGAAGGCAGAUCCAGUGCACACGGGAGGAGGUCCUGAUUGUGGACCCUUGGAUGCGCUGCCCUUCAUGUCCAAUGCUGGUGGCCAUUCUUUGGAGAUCGCCCAGCUGUUGAUUGACGCCCGUGCAGACGUGAACAAGUCCAGUCGUCCCAGGGGUUUGCACUACCUCUUCCAUCGCGCUUGCCAGAGCUACAUGCGAUACCUGACCUCCAAUCCUCCUGUCAGCAUCAAGAUUUGUGCUGAGAUCACCACCACUCCAUUGGGCAAAGCAUGUUUGUUUGGUCGUAGCGACUUGGUUGACUUUCUGCUUGCCGCGCGAGCAGAUCCUUACAUCAGGAACACACAAGGGCACACCGCCUGGGAUUUGACCAGCAACGCGGACGUCUUGCAAGCGCUGGAGAAGCAUGCUGAUUCCAUGAAUACCAUCUCCAUCUGA